AUGGAGUUAGUUACAGUAGAUAAAACGGCCGAGAUCGUUAACGAGUACCGCAAGUACAAUGCGUCGUCGGCGCAUGAUGACGUUGAGUCAGGACGGGACUCUUCAUCUGGUGACGAGUCAAAUAGCGACGGCGAUGUUGGGGCAUACGCUAACAAGGGCGUGUCCUCCCCUCCAAAACCAAGGGAGAGGCGCGUGAGGCGCUUAGAUGACAUCGGUCCCAAAGCCGGCCAGAAAGAGGACAAGCGUGACAACCGAAAGGGGCGUAAGCGCCGUCAACAAAAGAGAGGCACUACUUCACAUGCUGCGUCUGAAGGCGACGAGGAGGUCGAGGACGGCGGACCCGUCAAAGAAGGGCGUGGUGGUGGAAAGCGCAACAACGUGAAGGCGGCGGCGGCAAAGGGCAGUCCCUCGGGGAGGCUCUCGCAGGAGGUGGCUGGUGGCGACGAGCAGGAACAUGGCGAGCUUGAAGGGCGUGGUGGUGGAAAGCGCAACAACGAGAAGACAGCGACGGCGGCCAAGGGCAGUCCCUCGGGGAGGCUCUCGCUGGAUGUGGCUGGUGGCGACGAGCAGGCGCUGCCCAGGCCCGUUAUAGAAGGGCUAGCAGAGCAGCGAGGUGGUGGCGGUAUCGAUCAGGAUGAGGACAAGCCUGCAGUAGUGACUGCUGGGAAAAAACAUGGACGUGAAGCUGUGAUUCCGUACAAACGACGCAAUGCUGUGGACUCGGCCGGUCGCGACCGAAAUGCGAGACAAGCUCGACAGGGGACGAAACAGUAUGUUUCGAGCUCGUCGGGUUCGGAGGAGGGAUCCAGUGACAGUGAGUCAGGCAGCUCAUCCGGGAGUGAGGAAGUAUACGAGGACGAGGAGGAGGAGGAAGAGGAAGAGGAGGAUGAGGAGUUGGAGCCGGAGAGCGAGGAUGAGGAGGAGGCUCGGCCUUUGAAGAGGAGGGGUGUGCGGAAGACCAAGAAGGGCAAUGGAAAGCGAAAACCGGAGACAGGACGGGUGAAGAGCUAUAAGCAGAGUGUGCGUCGUGCCAAACCACAUGGCAAGCGCCGGAGACCUCGAUUCGAAGCUAAAAUUGUGGGUGUGCGAAGCAAGGAGAAGCGGGAGUUGGAUUUUUACGAGUCCAUGGGGCUACGAUGUCCAUCAAGCCCUCAUGAUCGGAAAGCCACCGACACGUAUGCUGCGUUACGUGAGCAGAUGGAUUCGUCUGGGAAGGGAGAUCCGAUCGCUUGGGGGUCAGCGCGGUUUGGCAGGGAAGCGACGGACCCGCAUGCAAAGCUUUCGGGGGGUCACGCGGUUCAGGUGAAAAUCGAGGGAGCAACGAAGCGGCACGAACCCUCGGCCGCCGCAGCAGCCAAUGACGGUGUGGGAGGAGGUGUGUGGGCGAAUUCCUUGGGUGAAUGUGGCGGCGGUGUGGAAGGCUCCAUGUGGGAUGCACGGAAUAGCAGGGGAGAAGGAAGAGACUUGAAAAUGGAUCCGGCGACUAAGGAGGGGAGGGGCGAGAGCAUGGGCACACCUGGCGCAUCCAAUCGGCCCAAUGUGGCUGGCGGCAAGACGGUGGAGCAGCUCAUUUGGGAGCUUGCCCAGCGGGAACGCGAAAUUGCGGCACUCAAGGCAAGGCCAGGAGCCAAAGGACCUGUCAAACCCUGCACCCCUCCGUCUAGGCCUCCUCGUAUUGUGUCUCUGUCGAGCGGCCCAUCUGCAGUGGGCCUCGAUCCAGGCGUGGCGCCAGAAAGCCCAUCGACGGUAGACGUACCGGUCCGUCGAACGCGUGGGAUGCCCAAGCCCAAGCUGCUGAAGGUGGAGCCCCUGUUCAUGGCGCUGCUUGUCUG